UUAGGUGACUAUAAUGUACAAAGGGACGUAACUCUAACUUACAGUGCCCGGACGUUUUCAACAUGUUCUUGUUGAUAUCUGAUUGACACAAGUUUCAUCGGGACCCAGUUCGCUCAACAUGGAACCGGGAUCAUAUGCUCGAAAACGUUAUGCCCGAGAAGAAAAGGAAUCCGAGUCAUCUGAUGACGACAACUAUGUGCCGUAUGUUCCGAUCAAACAGAGAAAAAAACAGCAGGUCCAGCAGGUGGAGAAGAGGCUGGGUCGGGCAGGGAUACUGAAGGCUGAGGAGGAAGAGGUGAAGUCCUCCACCAAUGAGGAGGAGGAAGAGGAUCCUGAAGGGGAUUCAUUGGGACCCAAGUCUCACCUCAGUCUUCUGGACCAACACAGUGAACUCAAGAAGAAGGCUGAAGCUCGCAAGGAGACAGCUCGUGAGAAGUUGCUGAAGGAAGAACAGAAGAUCCUGGAGAGCGUUGCCGAGAAGAAAGCUUUGAUGGGUGUGGCUGAGCUGGCCAAAGGUAUUUCAUAUCAGGAUCCGAUCAAAACAGGAUGGCGCCCUCCACGCCGUGUCCUGGCGAUGCCGUUCCAGCGUCAUGAGAAGCUGAGGAGGAAGAUGCACAUCCUGACCGAGGGAGAGGACUUGCCGCCCCCCAUCAAGACCUUCCAGGAGAUGAAGUUCCCCAAAGCAAUCAUCAACGGACUGAAGAAGAAAAGCAUCCUGAAGCCCACUCCCAUACAGAUGCAGGGGAUUCCCGCUGUGCUGUGUGGGCGGGACAUGAUCGGCAUUGCGUUCACUGGGUCGGGGAAGACGCUGGUGUUCAUCCUGCCCAUCAUCAUGUUCUCUCUGGAACAGGAGAAGAGGAUGCCAUUUGACAAGGGGGAGGGGCCGUAUGGCCUCAUCAUCUGUCCUUCGAGAGAGUUGGCCAAACAAACCCACGACAUCAUCCUGUUCUACUGCAAGUGCCUGGAGGCGGACGGCUUCCCCGCGCUGAGGGCGGCACUCUGUAUCGGCGGCAUGUCCGUCAAGGAUCAGCUGGAGGUGAUCAGGAGGGGUGUGCACAUCAUGGUGGCCACGCCCGGUCGACUGAUGGACAUGCUGGACAAGAAGCUAAUUAAUCUGGACGUGUGUCGAUAUCUCAGCAUGGACGAGGCGGACAGAAUGAUUGACAUGGGCUUCGAGGAAGAUGUGAGAACAAUCUUCUCCUACUUUAAAGGUCAGAGGCAAACCCUGCUAUUCUCAGCUACUAUGCCCAAGAAGAUCCAGAACUUUGCCCGCAGUGCCCUGGUCAAGCCUGUGACCGUCAACGUGGGCCGAGCUGGCGCCGCCAGCAUGGACGUCAUACAGGAAGCCGAGUACGUCAAACAGGAAGCCAAGAUGGUGUACUUGUUGGAAUGUCUGCAAAAGACCUCCCCACCGGUUCUGAUAUUCGCGGAGAAGAAACAGGACGUUGAUGCUAUCCACGAAUACCUGCUGCUAAAGGGUGUGGAGGCUGUCGCUAUACACGGGGGGAAGGAUCAGGAAGAGAGAAGUCGUUCAGUGGAACAGUUCCGGAAGGGGGAGAAGGAUGUGCUGGUGGCUACAGACGUGGCAUCAAAGGGUCUGGACUUCCCUGACAUUCAACACGUCAUUAACUACGACAUGCCGGAGGACAUUGAGAACUAUGUUCACAGAAUUGGACGUACAGGCCGUUGUGGCAAGACAGGCAUUGCAACAACUUUCAUCAACAAGACAGUGGAUGAGUCUGUGCUGCUGGACUUGAAGCAUCUCCUGAUUGAAGCGAAACAGAGGGUCCCUGCAUUCCUGGCCACACUGUCCUCCGAGAGUGAGAAGUACCUGGACAUUGGUGGUGAGAUCGGAUGCUCUUAUUGUGGAGGUUUGGGUCAUCGUAUCGCGGACUGUCCCAAGUUGGAGGCAAUGCAGACAAAACAAGCCCAGGGCAUCGGUCGGAGAGAUUACUUGGCUCACAACAGUGCCGACUGGUAGAGUGGAUCAUGUGAAGGGUGAAACAGCUCCUCUACUUCUGAGAACAGGACAUCUUUGCAAGCCGAGACUUUGUCUAGCGCCAGGACUCUGGUUGAUAAGCCUCUGAAGCGAGAGGGGCAAAAAGCACAGGUUCAGCCUGGAUCACAUGAUUACUGGAUGGCACUGUGAAUGUUGUAAGCUUAUGGCUUCAUGUCGUGCCUUCUGAUAAAACGGAGAAACUGUUCCAAUCCUUGUGACUAUCAAAGAGUGGUAGAGCCAAUUUGACAGCUGUAAGAUUAGAAUUCACUGGGGUUCAUCUUGACCGUUCUGAACUUCAUCAACCAUGGCAUUCAUAUGUACAUCUGUGUGGUGGGGUAGCCUAGUGGUUAAAACGUUGGCUCUUCAUGCGAAGACCCAGGUUCAAUUCCCCACAUGGGUACAAUGUGUGAAGCCCAUGCUCCAUUGUUCGCUGCUGUGAAUAUUGUUAGAAGCGGCGUAAAGCCAUACUCACUCCCUCACAUGUAAAAAUCUUGAACUUCACACAAGUGGAAUGAACCCUUUUGUAUGGUUAUGGGACCUUGGUUUGUUCUGCAAAGCAAUGGCAGCUCCCAUACUGUUGACAGUUGUAUUACUUGUAAGUCCAUGUUAUCUUUGCUGUUUUUCAGCAAUGCAUUAGAAGUCGAACUGAACUAUCACAUGUUUCUUAAUCAGACUAUUUUAUGUUGUGUAAAUAAAAUUUGAUCCUACUGUAAACAUUGUUUUAAAGUUGACAAAUAUAGUUUCUAGGAUAUGGCUGGAACAUCAACAAAUCCAAUCAUUAAACUUCAUAUUUAAUAUUAACAAGAGUUUGCCACUAACGUGGCUAUAUCCCCCGCCCGUUGCAGAAUUUAUGACAUUAUUAUUUUCUUAACAGAGGUGGAACUUGUUAUCGAAACGUAAAAAAAAUAAAUUUCUAAAUAGCAAAAGGCACCAUUUCAGCAUGUACUUGACAGACCUGCAAAGUUUCAUGAAAAAAUAUUGAAUGGUUUCUGAGUUAUGCUCCGGAAACGUGACGGACUCCGUUUCUAUAUCCCCCGCCAACUUUGUUGGGCCUGGGUUUUAAAAAUAAAUUACUGAUCAAAAUUCAGAAAGAAUUAACAUUUCAAACAAUCUUCAGCAUUUUGUUUAAGAUUUGUUGCAGAUUCCAGGUAUAGGACAUGCAAGUUUCAACAGCUUUCAACCAUAUUUCAGUUAUAGCACUGUCUGCUUGACAUGUAUUGUGGGAGAAAACCUGAGAUACAUAAUCUAGACUGAAAUCUCGGACAUUCUGUGGAGCAAAACCACAUGUUUAGACUUACUGCCAAUCCAUAAUGCAAAAAUAUAACUGCACAGAGUUGUACACAACACAAAACCAAAUAUUUUUUUUCUUUUUAUUGCUGUAGCAGAUUUUUGACGACACAGACUUGUGUCUACAAUGAUGAGACUGACUACCUGCAUGGCAAUGAUAACAAUGGGAUGGAUGCACAUGUCAUACAGGACGACAUAUCCACGCGUAACAACACUCGGUCUGUCUGGCCACUUUUUGAGUCACUCGCCUCUAGCGCAAUACUUGCAGCCUCGUGCUGGUGCAGGUUUAAUCUCAACUAGCUUCCUGACUGGGUACCAUUCUCUUCAAGUCUUCGCAUUGGUCCUUUGAUUCACUUCUUAUCACAAUAGCUUUGUUCAUCUCUAUAUACAGUGUAGCAAUACUGCUUUAUUUUGGAAGGAAAUGGACAGACCAGAGGGCAGGCGACAAGGGAGGGAAACUGAAAACCAAAUCUGCAUUGCUGAUGUUUGGGUCAAAAUAACCUAGGCUUAAUUUUCAUUAAGUACAUAUUUCUGUUUCAACUGGUUCAUUCCUACAGAUUUACAUGGAACUUGCAAUUUGAUAUUUGUGCAUUAAAUAAUUG